AUGAAAGAGGCAUACUCUGUAAAUGGCCGCAUCUCCCGGGAACCAGCGACUGAAAAGCCUCACUUUGCAUCCGUCGCGAAGGAAAUACUGCCAGGCGUUACCAAGACGUGGCACCCCAUCUGCAUCGACCACCUGGAGCUUCAACUGCGAGAGAGGCUCCACGUCGGUGUCCACGAGGCUACUUGUCCGCACUUCGCAUCCACCGUUGCCGCCAAGUUCACGCGCUUCCCGUACGAGAUUGGGUAUUUCGAGAAGGAGACUGACGCAUACAGAUUGCUAGAGGGUCGUGGUAUCGGCCCUCCCUUCCUCGGGCACUUGGCGGAAGAGGGAAGAGUUAUCGGCUUCAUCAUAGGUCUUGUGACCGACUUUCGCCACGCCACGCCCAACGACUUCGGGCUGUGUCGCGACGCUUUGACCAAACUGCAUGAGUCGGGCUUCAAGCACGGGGACAUCAACAAGCACAACUUUCUCAUCCAUGACGGCAGGGCGACCCUCAUCGACUUUGAGCUCAUGUCUCGAGCGGAUGCGUCUGAGCGCAAGGACGAGCUGAACCGGCUGAUCGACGAGCUGCGGGAUACGAUACGUCUGAUAGAGGAGGCUGCGUUGUGGAGGAGCCCGAGUGCAGCAUGGAGUAUUCACAAAAGGAUCAUCCUGGUAGAAGACGAGGUGGCUCGAGAAUAG